AUGUCAGUAGACUAUCAGAGAAAUCCUCAGGGACCACCACCUGGCUAUCAUCAACCGUAUCCGUCGAACUAUCCUCAACAAGCACCACCUGUCUUUACACAACCAUAUCCAGUACAUAAUCAGCCAAUUAUUAUUCAUCAGCAACAAAACAAAGAUGUUCAACAUGGAUGCCAUUUUUUAUUAUGGUUCUUAACAGGAGGAUUAUGGACACCAUGUUGGAUAGCAGCAUGCUCUGGAUGUUGUUGCGAACGACCUUGCUAG